GCCCGCGCGCCCGCCAUGGCGCAGGCCGCGCCCGCGCCCCAUCGCACCCACUCCUUCGCGAAGAAGACCUUCCACAAGCCCACGUACUGCCACCACUGCUCCGAUCUGCUGUGGGGCCUCAUCGGGCAGGGCUACGGCUGCGAAGUGUGCAACUUCAUAGUGCACGAGCGAUGCGUGGGGCAAGUGGUGACGCCGUGCUGCGGGGUGGCGCCGAGCCUUAUCAAGAACCCAGUAGCACACUGCUGGUCGGAGCCGGCACACCACAAGCGGAAAUUCUGCACGGUGUGUCGCAAACGGCUCGAUGAACUACCAGCCUUACAUUGCAUGAUAUGCGAAUACUAUGUGCACGGCGAGUGCGUGGACUUCGCGGCGGCGGACUGCAAGGAGAAUGCGACGUACUGCGCAGGCAGCGAGCCCCGCCACGUACACCAUUGGCGGGAGGGCAACCUGCCGGCCAAUUCCAAGUGCGCCGCCUGCCGCCGCGCCUGCUGGUCCGCAGAAUGCCUCACAGGCUACCGCUGCGAGUGGUGUGGCAGCACGUGUCACGCCGGCUGCCGUGCACUUAUCCCGGAAGAAUGCAACUUCGGCAUGCUACAGCCGAUUUUCUUGCCUCCGUCGGCGGUGUCGAUCCCGCGAACGGAGGUGCCCAUGGAGGCCAUCAUCGGCGUCCAUGUACGGCCCCCGCCCUCGCAGCGGGACUUCGGCUGCCCGCGGGAGCAGCGGGCGGCGGGCGGGUGGGCUCCGGCGCGGCUGGUGACGCUGGCGCGGCGCCUGCUGCCGGCCGCCUGCAGCCCGCACGGCGGCGCCUCGCCGCCCUACUCCAGAGCACGAAGCGUGAGCGAGGAGUUCAGCUCGGGGUGCGAGGGCCGGUCCGGAUCCGGCGGCGGCUCCACGGGGGCGCCUGCCGACCAGGACCAUAGACCUGACCAUAAGCAACACAGGGAUCGGACACCGGACGAUAGAGAUGAAGAAGUGGUAAAAGUGUAUGAUGGCGAGGCGGCGUGGAGCAGGCGUCUGUACCGGCCCGUAGUGGUCGGUCGGAACUGGAACGAUCGCGAGCUGGUAUCAGCGGCUCUACGCGCGUUCCACGUGGCGCGCGACCCCGAACAGUUCGAACUGACGGACGCGCUCGCCGGGGACGAACCCCCACUCCGGGACCCUACUCCCCUCGCCAGGGUCACGCGUCUGCCUAACAAACGGCCCGCACUCUUCUUACGGUUCAAGGAGCCGGAGUCGGGCGGGGGCGAGGUCCGCGUGUUCCCGGGCCGCGUAGCGGGCGCCGGCGAGACCUUCGUGACGGUCACGUGCUGCGGGGAUGAUGCGGUCGCCGACCUCAUGGCCGCCGCUCUCGAACGGUUCGGACUGGACCCCGCCCGCGCCACGCACGACUACCGCUGCUCGGAGAUCCUACUGGAUCGUGGUGUAUCAGAACGAGUGUUAGAGGAGGAAGAGCGGCCUUGGCGUAUCUUGGUACGCUUGGCCCGCGAGUCCGUGCGGCGCAUGGAGCUGGCGAGGUUCUACCUGCAGCCGAGGCAAGACCCCCACGGGCCAACCCUCGCGCUGUUCGUCGGCUCUCUACCCCCCGGACUGUCACAGCGCAACUAUGAGAACAUGCUAGUCGAGUUUCUAGGCGCUGAAAACAAGUUCAAAUCCAUCGGGCCUAUUUAUUACGAGUAUGGUUCGAUGGUGAUUACAUACGAGGACGCCAGUAAGGCGGUACGCGCGUUGUACGCGCUCAGAGAGGCCAAAUAUGAAGAUAAGCAUUUAUUAGUGAUGCUGCUACCCAGCAUCGAACCGUCAAUGGUGCCAGCGGGCGUGAAGCCGCUGCUGGUAUUCGUGAACGUCAAGUCCGGCGGCUGUCAGGGGCUCGAACUCAUCUCCUCCUUCCGAAAACUCCUCAACCCCUACCAAGUGUUCGACCUUGAGAACGGUGGACCGCUGCCCGGGCUGUACGUGUUUCGUCACAUUCCCAACUACAAGAUCCUGGUGUGCGGCGGCGACGGCACCAUCGGCUGGGUGCUGCAGUGCCUCGACAACGUCGGCCAGGACUCGCAAUGCUCCAACCCACCCUGCGCCAUCGUGCCGCUCGGAACCGGUAACGACCUGGCCCGCGUGCUCCGCUGGGGCUCCGGGUACACCGGCACCGAGGACCCGCUGUCGCUGCUGCGUGACGUCAUAGACGCUGAAGAGAUCCGCCUCGACCGCUGGACGGUCGUCUUCCACCCCGAGGACAAGCAGGAUGAACCCAAGGAGCUGUCCAAACAGUUGCCAGCGUCUGUGAGUACAGGGUCGCAGAGCGAGGAUAACUCGCAGAUCCUCGUGAUGAACAACUACUUCGGCAUCGGGAUCGAUGCUGACCUCUGCCUCGACUUCCAUAACGCGAGGGAGGAGAACCCUAACAAAUUUAACAGCAGGUUACGCAACAAGGGUGUGUAUGUUAAAAUGGGGCUGCGCAAGAUGGUAGGUCGUAAGAUGUGCAAGGACCUUCACAAGGCCGUCAAGCUGGAGGUGGACGGCAAGCCAGUCGAACUGCCUGCCGUCGAGGGCAUUAUAAUUCUGAACAUACUCAGCUGGGGCUCCGGCGCGAACCCGUGGGGUCCCGAGAAGGACGACCAGUUCAACAAACCCAACCACUGGGACGGCAUGCUCGAGGUGGUCGGCGUCACCGGCGUGGUACAUCUCGGACAGAUACAGUCCGGACUGCGCGGGGCCAUGCGCAUAGCACAGGGUGGACACAUCAAGAUCAACCUGAAGAGCGAGAUCCCCGUGCAGGUGGACGGCGAGCCGUGGGUUGCGGCGCCCAGCGAGGUGGUGGUCCUCAAGUCCGCCCUCAAGGCCACCAUGCUGAAGAAGCGCGGCAAGGUGCGGCGCCGCGACACCGAGCCGAGCCUGCCCGCGCCCCCCCCGCCGCCCCCGCCGCCGCCGCCGCCCCCCCCGCCGGACUCCUGAAUCUGGCUCAGCGAGCGCCUCAUCUAGCGCCCGCGCCCGCCUCGGGCUCAAGGCCGGCGCGCGCGCUCGGCGCUCGCUGGGAACCCGCUAGCCGGACCGGCCACCGCCGGACCGGACACUGCCGGACCGGACACCGCCGGACUGGCCCUCGCUGGACCGGCCCUGGCUGGACCGGACUGCACCGGACCGGCCCUCACUGGACCGGGCCUCGCUAGACCGGACCCCGCCGGACCGGCCCUCGCUGGACCGGACCCCGACGGACCGGAUCCUCUAAAAAUCGCCCUAGUUGUAGUCACCGUUCGAAAGAUGUACUAUGACACAGUGUAAAUAAAUUAUUAACAGAAGUAAUAUAUAAUAAAACUUAUAAUAAUAAUAAAUUUAUAGAACUAGUAUUUGUUUUAUUUUUUAGUCUGAUAUGAUUUGAG